UAAUUGCCUCCAGGGUUGAUUGUGAUUGUCCCUGUGGUUAUAGACCCCGAAGCUCUCCUGUCUGGUCUUUCUUCCCUUCGUCUCUCUCGGUUUCUCCCUGUCGCAUAUUCAAGCCGAAACCUAUGGCCACCCUAGCGGCCGCUGCGGCUCGCCGAGCAGCGUCAUUGAGUCGUAACUCCUCUCCAAGAUCUCCGAUUCAAACUGCCAAUAUUAUCCAAAGGCGCGGUCUCGCCGGAGCUGCAGAUCACCAUGGCCCCCCUAAAGUUAACUGUUGGCAAGAUCCAAUGAACCCAUCUAAGUGGAAGGAGGAACAUUUUGUUAUUGUUUCUUUAUCUGGCUGGGGCUUACUCUUCUUUGGAGGAUACAAGUUCUUCACUAGAGGCAAGGGCAAAAAAGAAGAGACCGUGGUGGAACCACCGAAGUGAGGUCAGGAGAAUUUGCGAGAUUGCGUCUGCGCGGGUUUUCUCAUUGCCAUAUCUGAGACUUAGUUCUGUUUUGGCACAUAAUUCUUUUGGCUAGCUAUCAGUCAAUCCUUGAAGAUGAUGAAUCUUGUGAGAUGAUUAAUUCCAAAACUACAUAAAUCACCUACUGGCUAGUUAUCAGUCA